UUAAAAUCCAUUAAUCUUGAAUUAUUUGAAUUAUUAUGAUUGCUAUGAAAAACCGCUGUACAUCAGAUCGUGGGCUCAGUUUUUAACACUUUCGAAAAAAUCUUGAAUCAUGUCUUGUAUUCCUCGCCUAUUUUAUUUAUUUUUAAGCACCAUUUUUAUUUUCCUUAGUCAAAUUAACCCCACAAACAGUCAUAAAGAGAUCAUUGUAGCGACCUACAACUUAUGGAAUGUGAUGUUUACGUGGGAUGCGAGGAAGGUGUUCAUCGCUGAGAUGAUCCAGAAAGCCAAUCCAGAUGUCAUAGGGUUUCAAGAGGUUCGAUCAGAUUUAUCAGGUCACAGAAACCAAGUGCUCGAAAUACAAACCUUGUUGGGAUCCACAUACAAAUACUACAGCUAUCACCCAGUGAGAAAAGCAUCAUCUAAAAUAAACCAACCACCUCCACCAGGAUGGGAACAGGAAGGACUAGGGAUCCUAAGCAAACAUCCUAUAAUGCUUAGCCAUGCCGUGAACCUUAAGAUAAAGACUAACAACCCUGACAAGAACAACAGGAUUAUAGUUCAUGUUCAACUGGAUGUAAAUGGAGACGAGUUGGACUUAACAUUAGUUCACUUGUCUUAUGAUAGACAACAGCAGUGUCAAAACGCAAUCGAUGUGAUCAAUUACUUGGCUUCUGUUGGUAGCGAGCGAUCAGUUAUUCUUGGUGACUUCAAUGUGUAUGAGGAUUUUCGUUGGCCAGUGCAAGCCAUUUUGAAAGGGUCUUUUGAUCCUAAUGGUGAUUGUAAGCCAGAUAAGUACUUUGAUGCUCAAGACUCUGGACGUGGUUAUGGCUAUGUUGAUGCAUGGCAGUCCACUCAUGCUGGUCAAAAAGGCUACACUUUUAGUAACAUGCCUGAGCCUGGGUUGAUAAAUCGACCAGACAGAAUACUAGUGUCAAGAACUGGUCUUGGUGUGCUUGACGUAAAACUUGUUGGUGGUGGAACUGACUACAGGGACAAUCACUACUACAGUAUGCUUAACAUCUGGCACAGACUCAAAACAGUCCUGAGCUUUGCUAACGACUCUUUACUAGAGGGUAAAAAACCUAUUAUAUACACAUGCCAUCAAGAUUGUGGACCCCAUGGGUCUUGCCGCUGUGGAGUUUGUGUCCAAGGUGGUGACAAUAACAACUGUGACCUUCAAUUCUGUUACGAGUGCACCCCUUCUCAUUAUAAUUCCAUGGUCGUGCUCAUAUUCUGUGCCGUGGUAUAUUCAGGGUUAAUUUUCUACAUCAUGAUUAAACUAUUAUUUAAAUAUUUCUUUGCUGGCCGAGCGAGAAGAGUGAACCAACGUUUGCUUUUCUUACUCCCAAACAGAACGCUCUUUUUCUUCUUGGUGUCAAUUAUAUUUGUUAUCUACAUGAUUACCAUAUUGAAUUUUUCUGACACUCUAGAUACUGUGUUGGGGCGAAUCACAGAAGAAAUGUAUCCAUCAGAUCACUUGAUGGUUGUCGCUACUUUGAAAUUAACUUACCGAUAAGUCAAUACCAUUGAAAAGGGGUCGCAAUAUCAAGAAUAAUAUUAAAGCCUGGGUCACACUAGUAGAUUGCAUACCACAUAUCUGUGAAAAAAUGUGUAAGAAAUUGCACAAAUCAGUAAGUUCAGUAGACCUCAAAAGACUGUGGACCUACAAACCUUUGAACUAAUUUGUACAAUUCUGUUAACUCUUUCAUUGAACUAUGGUAUGCACUCUAUCUGAAUCAUGAGCAACAUAAGCAGCUACUUAGUAAAUAUUACAUUUAUCACCUAGGUGUGGAAAAAGACAAGCACUGUUGAUAAAAAGUAGGAAAAAAAGGAGAAAAAAGAUCAGACAAGAAAAUAUUUAUAAACUUCAGUGAAAAGUAAAAAUGCAUACAUGGAUACAGAAAGAAACUAGCAAAAAAGGAAAAAAUUAAUGUCGUAACCAAAAUGAACAAAUUUAUCAAUAAAUGUUAUUGCUCUUAGGAGAAUAGAGUUGCGCAGACUAAAUCCCUGAACAUUAAUUAGUACUAAUAUUAGUACUAUUUCAUACAGAAUCCUUUGUUUUCUAUUGUUUAUUUAUCACUAUUUAGUACUAAAAGUUAGUAUUUGUUUCAUGGGUUUAGUGCAUGCACUCUAUCAAUUCUUAUCAAACUUGUUUUGAAAUUACCAAUCCUGUAAGUGGUGCUGAAUUGUACAGGGCUUCAAAUUAAUUUAUUAAAUUAUCAGAUCUAUAACAUUCCUCAUCAGACGGUGGAGAGGGAUGAAAUACUUCUAAAUUAGAUUUACACAUUUUUAUUAAAGGAGUUUUUGAUAUUUAGCUUGGUAGUUUUAAGUUGCUUGCGUCAAAUCUGGUCAUUUUCUCGGUUAUGUUAUUAAACUCAUUAAUAAUUCAUGAGGAAAACACAACAGAAAUCAUGACCGUGAAGAGUUUUGUAAAUCAGAUACAGAAUCCUGUUCAUUUGCAUCAACUUUAAGAUGGAUUUUCUUGGCCAGAUUCACUUUUAUCUUGAAAAUUCUAGCGAAACACAAAGGAACUAACCUAGACGUUUGAUAAGCAAUCUACAGUAUUCGUGUCGGUGUUGUAUCCAGAUAUAAGUUUGUAUAUCGGAUACAACACUGCCACUCAUACUGUAUAUAUUACUUAAAGAUGAGAGUAUGUGUAUAUAUUACUUACAGACUUAACCAAGAAAAUGUCUGGAUGUGACAUGGUCUAGUUUCAAGCUGCUCAAUGGAAUUUGCUCAAAAAUGUCAAAGAUGCUGGCUGAUAAUUUUUAUAGACAGAAAUAAACAAACAAACAAACGAAAACAAAGAGUAAUUUCAGCGAGCAGGUAGCAACUACCAAGUUGGAAUAAUUAUUAUUUGAAAAAUGCCAAAACUAUUUAUUAUUUGCCAUAUUUACAAUAUGUUUCCAGAUAACAAAAUAUCCAGAAUUCAUUAUUUACUCAGAGGAAAUGUGCAAUAAAGUUAUGAAAAUAUUA